UUCAAAAUCGCAAGUGUUUUUGUUGCCAUAACCUAAAUGUUUCCAAAGCUCUUGAGACAAAUUUCAAUAAUGUAACUAAUCCAGAAAUAAAGCAUGAGAUAAAAUGCCCUCAGAUGUGGAUAUCCUGAAUUACUGGACGGGUGCGAAGACUAUGAGUACUGCACUAGUCAAGAGAGAUACCAGCAGGCAAGAUAGGCUGCCGAUGUACGGACCUCUAGACAUUGGCGACUUCCAAAAGUUCAACUCCCAGGCGAGGGCUAUGUUCCAACAGAUUUACAACGAAACGUCUUCUCCACACAAAAACACGGAGGAUUUUGAAAAGAUAACACUCCUCGGGCAGGGAGCUUUUGGGAAGGUGUUACUGGUGAAAGAGACCAAGGAGAAGGACCUUUACGCCAUGAAAGCUUUGGAGAAGCGGCACAUAUUCAGGAUGAAACAAGUCGCUCACGUACUGAACGAAAAAAAGAUAUUGCAGUGUAUAGAUUCCCCGUUUUGCGUGAGGAUGGAUUACUUCGGCAAAGAUAACAGUUACUUGUACUUCUUCAUGCCUUUCAUAUCGGGCGGGGAGAUGUUCUGUCACUUACAGAGGAUGGGUAAGUUCAAAGAAGACCUCGCGAAGUUCUACGCCGCCCAGGUCACUCUAGGGCUGGAGUACCUCCACAAUGUGAGGCUCGUUUACAGAGAUCUCAAGCCGGAAAACCUGCUCAUUGACCACCUCGGGUACGUGAAAAUAACCGACUUCGGGUUCACUAAACCCAUCCAGAGUAGAACGUACACGUUCUGCGGCACGCCCCAGUAUCUCGCUCCCGAGGUUAUCUCGGGGCACGGCUACGGGUUCUCGGUGGACUGGUGGUCCUUGGGCGUCCUCAUAUACGAGAUGGUGAGUGGCUGCGCGCCGUUCGACGCCAGGGACCAGAUGACGAUGUUCAGACUGAUCAUGCAGAACCGGUAUGUAAUGCCCAAGUCGUUCAGCGUGCCGCUGCAAGACAUAGUGAAGAAGUUGUUGGAACUGGACUUGACCUUGAGGUACGGCAACUUGAAGAACGGGGCUGCCGACAUAAGAAACCACACGUGGUUCAAGACCAUCGACUGGCAGUGUCUCUUCAACAGGAGGGUUACUCCGCCCUACAUUCCUCCGGUAAGCGACAUGAAUGACGUCUCUCAGAUCUCGCCCCAUGCCAAGUACUCCGUUCUACAGAUCGCAAACGUGAAUGAAUUGGAAGACGAAUUUAAAGAUUUUUAACCUACGAGUUUUAUUUGUUAUGCAAUAAAACCUAGAGAAAAUGCACUUUCAGAUUUUAAUUUUUUUAUUAAUUAAAUUGGAUCUAUUGAUCAAUA